GUCUUUUCUUCUUCUUCUUCCACUUUCGCUUUGCUGCCGACAGUCACAUCGAAUGAGAUUGCAUUCAAUGCCGCAGCUCGUGUCGAUUGUUGUUGCCGCGCUCGCCGUCGCACUCCUGACAACGACCACGAUUGUCAACGCCGAUGCCAAUGCCAACGUCGAUCAUGCCAGCGGGAGUGGCAAGGUGAACGCGGGCUUCUUUGCCGGGUACGCAGUCGAGAGCGUCAAGAUCACCCCGACUGGGCUGACUGGGACGCUUGUGCUGCCGGCUGGCUCGACGGGUCCGUACGGCAACGACUCGGUCCGCCUCAACUGGCUCGUCGAGUUCCAGACUCAGCAGCGUCUGCACGUCAAGAUCACCGACGCCGCGGUCGCGCGCUGGGAAGUGCCCUUCGUCGUGGACGACCCGCAGUCAGACCACCAUCCCACCCAAGCCGACGACCAACACAUGAGCAUGAAGCACAAGAAAAGCAACGGAUUUGUCUACAGGGACUAUCUCGACGCGGAUGGCCGCGAGAAGAAGGCAAACGCGCCCGCUGACCACCUCACCGCCGCUGCUGGCUCCAGCAAUGGGUUUGACUUUGAGUUCUCGUACACGACUUCGCCGUUCGGAUUUGCGGUCGUGCGCCAGUCGACAGGCGACGUGCUGUUCAACUCGACUCCAAGCACUGCAGAUCAGGACUUCAACGGCCUGACGUUUGAGAACAUGUACUUGGAAAUGUCCACCCGCUUGCCCGACCAGCCCAACAUUUACGGAUUGGGCGAGCGCGUGCACCAAUUCCGCCUCGACCCCACCGGGAAAACGUACACCAUCUUUGCUCGCGAUCAAGGCACGCCGUACGACGAUGGCUUGGCGCCCGGAAAAAACCUGUAUGGCUCGCACCCUUUCUACCUCGAAAUGCGCAACGGGUUGGCGCACGGCGUGUUCAACCUCAACUCGAAUGCCCAGGACGUUGUCAUUGACAACAACUUGCUCACGUACAAGAUUGUCGGAGGUGUGUUUGACAUGUACUUUGUCCUCGGCCCCGAGCCCGAGUCGGUCGUUCAGCAAUACCACGAACUCAUCGGCAAGCCGACCAUGAUCCCGUACUGGGGACUCGGAUUCCACCAGUGCCGCUGGGGCUACCAAAACAUUUCCGUCGUGGAGGAAGUUGUCCGUCAGUACCGCGUCAACCAGCUCCCGCUCGACACCAUGUGGAACGACAUUGACUACAUGGACAAGUAUUUCGACUUUACCUUCGAUCCCGUCAACUUCCCGACCUCCCAGAUGCAGCAAUUUGUUGCCAAUCUUACCAGCACCAACCAGCACUACAUGAUGAUCGUCGAUGCUGGCAUUCCGAUUCAGUCUGGAUACCCUGCCUACGAUCAAGGCAUUGCCCAAAAUGUCUUUAUUGGCGAUCCGAACGUGAACGCGCCUGCGCUCGGCUCCGUCUGGCCUGGCGCUGUUCACUUCCCUGACUGGCUCGCUGCCAACUCAUCCAGCUGGUGGGUCAACAAUCUUCGUGACUUCCACACCAACUCUGCAGCAUUCUCGGGCGUCUGGCUGGACAUGAACGAAAUGAGCAACUUUUGUGAUGGUGACUGCAACCGCACCACCACUCCCUCAAUCGUUCCGCCAUACUGGCCCGGCCAAACUGACAUCCAAGUCAAAACGAUGAGCAUGGAUGCACGCCACGUCGGCACAACCGAGUUCAACGCCCAUUCCCUUUUCGGAUUCCUGGAAACGCGUGCUACCAACCAAUUCUUGACCCAGGUGCUCCAACGUCGUCCAGUCAUCAUCUCCCGCUCCACGUUCCCUGGCCACGGUCGCUUCGGAGGCCACUGGCUUGGCGACAAUACCGCUACUUGGGACGAUCUGACGUACUCGAUCAGCGGCGUUUUCGACUUCCAGCUGUUCGGCAUCCCGCUUGUUGGUGCAGACAUUUGCGGCUUUAACGGGGAUACCACAGAGGAACUGUGCACCCGUUGGAUGCAGCUUGGCACGCUCUACCCGUUCUCACGCAACCACAACACCAUCGGCGCGCGCCCCCAGGAGCCGUACGCGUUUGGCCCCACGUUGCUCAAUGCCAGCCGCAUUGCCCUCAAUCUUCGCUAUUCGUUGCUCCCGUACUACUACACCAUUUUCCACCGCAUGUCCAUUGUUGGUGGAUCGCUCUUCCGUCCUCUCAUGUUCGAAUGGCCCAUGGACUCCACGCUGCUUGAAAUCGACCACCAGUUUUUGAUCGGAGCAGGUUUGCUGGCAAGCCCAGUUCUCACGCAAGGCGCCACCUCUGUUUCUGCCUACUUCCCCGCCGCCGUCUGGUAUGACUUUUACAACGGAGCUCCCUUGGGCAACGCCAAUUCCGGAUCCUGGGUCACCCUUGACGCACCCAUCGACAAAAUCCCGCUGAGCAUUCGUGGCGGCCACAUCAUUCCCAUGCAAAAUCCCAACGGCGCACUCACGACGGCCGACACCCGCACGCAGCCGUAUCAGCUCCUCGUUGCCCUCGAUGCCAACAAUACGGCCCUGGGCUAUUUGUAUUGGGAUGAGGGCGACGGUGUUUCGACCGAAGCUCUGGGUCACUACACGAUUCUUGAAUUCCAGGCGCAACCGACCGACUCUGGCGCUCAGCUCACCUCCACGCUGGCCACUCCCCUGUACGCCCCGCUCGUUCUGUCCAAGUUCAGUUCCGUCACCGUGUAUGGCGUGUCGUCUGCGUCCACUGUGGCUGUGAAUGGGUCGCCGAGCUUGACGUUCUCCUACAAUGCCAGCUCGAAGACUCUCGUUGUCUCUGAGCUCUCGCUCAGCCUGGGCCAGCCCUUCACUAUCCUCUGGCAGUGAGCUGCUGGAAUGUGUGUUGUGUAUUUUGACUUUUAUUGUCGGCUGUUGAUACCCUUCUGUGAAAUGAACAGGGAACUCAACAGACGGAAAGAAGAAGCAUAAAGCACGACAGCUUGCAAGCGGUCAUCAACGCAAAUCCUAGCAAUGUUCAACCCUUCAAUUAAAUAAUGAUCCAAAGCA